CUGCAUUGCUUAACCGCUUCAAUGCCUUUCUAGUAUCACAGUCGCUUACAUUUCAUACGAAACAAAAAUCUCCACAAUAUCUGAAUUAUUGUAAUACAUGAAAAAUUGGGAAUUUUCUUCAUCGUAUUUCAGUUCCUUCAUUUCUACAACUCUUUCUUCAUUGAGUGUUCUUCUUCCCGAGUGUUAGUUAAUCCUCUGAAACCAAAAAGUCGAGUUGAAUCUCCUGUAUGUCGAAUUUGAUGAAAGUAGACAUUUUUCUGCAGAAUAAGAAUUAAAAUAAGUGCUACCUCUUUAUUUCACUCUGAGGUGACGAUCUCGCUGCAAAUGAAAAAAGAAAAAGCACUUCUGAAUCUUCAAUGUAGAAACGGAUUCUGUAGAGAAAACCAAAGUUUAUGAAAAUGAAGGUUUUAUUUUACGAAUAAACACACAUUUAAAAGAAACAUAUUCUAUUUUAAGCGACAUAAAAACAGAUGUACAAGAAUAAGAAGUGCAAAAUCUUAAAUUAACAGUACAGAUAUCAGCUGUUUUGGUUUAUUGUCCUUCAGACAAGAUUUUCACUCGCUGAACUCUCAAAUACUGCUUCGAUUAUUUCGCUUUUAACAAUUAUGGAGAAGCAGCUGAGUUUCGUGCUGAAGUUAUCACUGCAGGAAAUGGCUCUGAGGAAAGUGGCCAUCAAUUUAUGGAACGAAAAUGAUAUUUUGACUUCGAUUGUUAACUUCCGAAUCAGUGCUCUUCCUGGCGACGAUUUUGCAGACAUAAUUCUGUAUAUGGAAAAAAGAGGAACUCUUAAUAAAAAGUUACAACAAAUUGUCGAAGAUGAAGUUAAAAAUAAAGUGGUCAAACUUGCUUUACCCCAAUCACUACAGAAGCAGCUGAUGCGUAUAAUUAAACCAGUUGGUUCACAAAUGCUAAAAUGGAAAAUGUCGUUCCACAAUGAACAUAUGAUCGACUCACCAGAAGAUUUUGAUAUCGAUAUUUUAAAACAACUGCAUUGGACAUCUGUAGGUGUAGUCGAUUAUCAAAAAACAGCUGAAAAUCUUGUACGUCACGAAAUGUUAAAUCCUCACAAUCGGUACAAAUUAGCCUGUUUGUAUAGCUUGGUUGAUUACAUUCCAGAACUUUGGAAAGAACUGCCUGAAGAAUCGAAGGCGAUUUUUUACAGCGAUGUUGUCCUUCGGUCAAAUUUAGAAUUGCAACUGUCAUCUUAUUGGGCCUACAUAGUUACAGCGAAAGAAUCAGAACUAUGUAAUAUAUUUGCAAAACGAUAUGGUGAAGGGAUGUCCUUUCAUCAGUAUGCAUUUCGUUGCGCAGCACGUGAAGGCAAUAGAGCAAUAACUGAAUACUUUUUUCAAAAACUCACCCGUGAAGAACGAGACGUUCAUUUUUUAAGAACAGUCCGUAAAAUCAUAAGAAAAGGACGCAGAUAUUUAAAUAAAGAGUUCCUCGACUUUGCAAUGGAAAAACUUUCUGAUGUCUUAACACUUUACCUACCGGUAGCGGUUCGAACAUACUAUGCCAUUUCACCGCCCGCUCAGCUGCCGCUCAGCUGCGAACGACAGCUGAAUUUUUUUCAGGGCAUGCUGAAUUGGUGGAAAACGUAGUCACCACAGAUCGGUCAAAAGUCGAUUAAUCGACGACCGGUCGGUAAGCGCUGGGGAGCAAACGUCGAAUAAUCGACGACCGGUUGGUAAGCGCUGAGAACAAAACGUCGAUUAAUCGACGGCCGGUCGGUAAAGUGUUAAGCUACUUGUUAUCCUUGAUGAGUAACGAAGAGAAGAUGCAAGUAUUAAAGGAGCAUCCUUGCGAAGUUUUAGCUUGCUUUCUGGAUUGGCCAUGGCACGAUCUUUGUUUGGAUAUCGCAGAUCUUAUCUGGACAUUUCUUCCUAAACACCUAUACGCCUACUUGAUUACAAAUAUUAUAGACAGUAUAACAUAUUCAGGUGGCUACUUCCCAGAAUUGCUCCAGAAAUUUUUUGUGAGCAGUCCCAUCGAUUUUAAAGUACAAAUUGUUACUUACGAAAUGAAAUUAGGUUCUUUGUUUAAACACUUUUUCGAUGCAGAAGAUACAGAAAGUAUCGAAAUCGUUUUCAGGAAUAUCGAUGUGAAGGAGAGAGGGAUUCUUCUCUCUUGUUUCUUUUAUCAUUUCGAUUCUCUUGUAAUGUCCGACAAAUGGCAUUUGAUAAAAGCGUGCAUUCGAGCAGGAGCGCCAUCUAAAGAGAACAAGGACAAACUGAAAAAAAUUUAUAUGGCAUUCCUCUCACGCUGUUUUUCACGGGAUAUAUCUGAGUCUAGAAAGAAUCAAUGGGAAAUGUUCUUUGAACUGCUCGAUACCGAUGCGAAUGCUCUUAGCGAAAAAAAAGCAGUCACUAAGUAGAAAAAAAGUAGAGAUCAAAGUUAAGGAAACUGAAGUGAAGAGAUUAGAAAUUUUCUACCAUUUCUAAAAUGGAUUCAUUGUAUUAUUGUACACUUUAAAUGACAAAAAAAAUAAAGUUCUAUUUUAUAUCAUA